AUGGCCUUUGCCAAGCAUGCAUUGAUUCUCAUUCUCGUGUUCGGUUUUCUCUUGUUAACACAAUAUUCUAAUGCACAUGGAGACGAGGACAAAACGCCUUCUCCUGCUCCUUCAGAUGAAAAGUCGUCCCCUCCUCCUUCAGAUGAAGAGUCAUCCCCUCCUCCUUCAGAUGAAGAGUCGUCCCCUCCUUCUUCAGAGGAAGAGUCGCCCCCUCCUUCAGAGGAGGAGAAAGAUGACGAGGAAGAUUCGUCCCCACCUCCUUCAGAGGAGGAGAAAGAUGACGAGGAAGAGUCGUCCCCACCUCCUUCAGAGGAGGAGAAAGAUGACGACGACGACGAUGAUGACGACGAUGACGAGGAAGAGUCAGCCCCUAACCCUAGCCCUACCCUCAAAUCAGGGUCCACAGCCGAUAGCCCACUCUCUUUUAAUGAACUUUUUGAACUCUCGUUGCCAGAAAUUGGUGUACAAAAGGUGGUCAACGGGCCAUUAACCGGAGGGGCUAAAGUUUCAAACAAGCAACUAGAAGGAAUCGAACAUAAAAUCGUGGAAUUCAAAUCAGUGCUUGCAAAACGAGAGGGCCAACCCGGAUCAGCAGAAUCAAAAAAAUGCCUCAAGCAAUGCCAAGGAAAUCUCGAUGAUGCGAUUGAUGGUGUCAAAAAAGGGAUUGAGAGCAUCAACAAGCAAGACCUUGAUAAGGCUAAUGUUGAUAUUAGCGGUGUAGCCACCGACAUUGAAACGUGCAACGAUUGCUUCGUAGAAGCGGCUGAUGAGGACAAAGAUAUCAAUGCAUUUAACCUUUGGAUAAAGGGAGUCACUAAAGAAUGCCUUGGUAACCUCAAGCAAAAGUGA